CCGCGUCAGGGUAUUUAACACGUUGACUUAGAAAGUGUUACAAAUGACUUGAGCUUAUACUUGUAACGUCGUACAUGUGAUCUUGACGCUGAGUAUAUCAUGCAGCCAAGUACAAAGUUGGCGCCAUGUCCGGAGAUAGCAGCCUCGAGGCUGUCCAAGAUCUUCUUCCUUUGGUCUCACGGGUUAGUAAAGAAGGCUAACAAGGAAAUACUAACUGAAGACAACAUCUGGGACCUCAACCCCAGAGAGAAGUGUCACAAUGUGUGCCCAAGCUUUGAAAGGAUGCUGACAGCAGGCAGGUUGAACCAAGACGCUCGCAGAUGGAAAAAUGAUAAGUCGAACAACAUCCUUCCACAAUCAUCAUCAUCAUCAUCAUCAUCAUCAUCAUCAUCAUCAUCAACUAACCGUGGCUCCAACGACACUAUCAGACACAGGAAAGAGAAGAAAUCAUCACAUGGGAAUGCUAGUCACGUGACGCAUUUAUAUGACUCAUCGAUGACGCCAUCAGGACAGGGAGUAGAUCCUGCUGACACAGGGGUCAGCAUCACACGCCCAUCUCUCAAGGUUGCCAUACUGAAGACCUUUUGGAGACAAUUAUUCUGCGCCAUGGGUCUAAAGCUCCUGCAGUAUUUUACAUUCUGGAUCACAAACCCACAUUUCAUGCUGGUUCUCAUGGACGUGGCCGAUGACACUGCCUCCAGUGCAUGGACUGGCGUGCUCCUCUCCACGGGGCUUCUGGUACUUCUCGUGACAGGAGGGCUUUUUGUGGAACACGCUUUCUUCAACAACCAAACGCUAGAAUUGCACCUUCGGUCAUCUCUCAUGACAUCGGUAUUCAAGAAGGCAAUGAAUCUCCACUGGAGGUCAAGGAAGAAAUACUCUAUGGGCGAGAUGACAAACUACAUGUCCAGUGAUGCUGAAACCAUCGCCUACCACCUCGCCCAUCUCACAGAAGUCGUGUUCACUCCACUCCAUUUUAUUGUCGUCUUCUACCAGCUGUUCAGCAUCCUUGGUCCAUCAGCAGGCUUUGGCCUCUUCAUUAUGCUGCUUAUAAUGCCUAUCAAUGUGUAUAUCGCAGUGAGGAUGCGAUCUUUGUUCGAUCAGAACUCUAAAAACAAGGACGAAAAGAUGAAACUUCUCAAUGAGGUCCUCACGGGGAUGAAGGUACUGAAGCUUUAUGCCUGGGAGAAGUGCUUUGGAGACAAGCUUGAUGCAGCCAGAAAUAAGGAGUUGGUGGUCCUAAAGCAGUUGUUUAAUACAAGGGCGUUCACCGUCUUCAGCUGGAACGCUGCGCCUUUUGUGAUUUCCAUAGUGAUGUUCUGUGGCUUCUUCUACUUGAAUGAAGACAGUAUUUUGACCCCUAAAUCAGCAUUCGCCGUUGUGUCUCUCCUAAAUCUACUCCGAUAUGCCAUCAACCAAACGCCUGAAGUUAUCUUCGAUCUCAUUAAGACUGACGUCAGCAUCCAGAGACUACAGAAGUUUUUCAGGGAAGAAGAAUUUGAUACAAACCCGGAUCAGUGCGGAAAUACGAAAGGUGUAGCAAUAGAGAUGAGAAAAGCUUCUUUCUCAUGGCAUGACAACCACGAGCCAACACUAAGAAAGAUAAACAUGAGCAUAUACGAGAAUAGUUUAGUGGGCGUGGUUGGCCACGUUGGAUCUGGUAAGACGUCCCUGGUCGCAGCUGUUCUUGGUGAGAUUGACAAGGUGACAGGUCAUCUCGGAGUGCAGGGUCGUAUAGCCUAUGUCUCACAACAAGCAUGGAUCCAGAACGACUCCUUGAAGAACAACAUCUUAUUUGGCAAACCGUUGGACGAAGGGCUGUACAAGAGGGUGAUCCACGCCUGUGCUUUACAACCUGAUAUAGAUGUCCUGUCUGAUGGCGACUUGACAAUGAUCGGAGAGCGGGGCAUCAACUUGAGUGGGGGACAGAAGCAGAGAGUGUCUCUAGCCAGAGCUGUCUACAACGACGCCGACAUUUACCUCUUUGACGACCCCCUCAGUGCUGUGGACAGCCACGUGGGCAAACACAUCUUUGACAACGUGAUAGGUGCCGGCAGCAUGUUACGGAACAAGACACGAAUCUUGGUGACGCACAACGUCCGAUAUCUACCUGGCGUUGACAACAUCAUCGUCCUUGAGAGGGGCACGGUCGCACAGACAGGGUCUUUCCGCGACCUUCUCAACAGCGAGGGGGCGUUUACCCAGGUUCUCAAGUCGUGCCUGGCAGAGUACGAGGACAAUAGAGAUGAUAUCGAAGAUUUGGCAACUGACGAUGAUGAUUUAUCAAAUCAAUUGAAAAGUACACUAAAGAGGCUGAAAAGUGAGGAGCACUCCACUGAGCCUGGAUACGAAAGGCAGUCAUCGACGACCUCCAGACACAUGUCUACGUCUGAGGAGACUGAAGAUACGACUGGCGCUGUCGCUGACGAGGAGGAGACGAAAGAUAUUAGUGGCAACGAAAAAUGGAUCCUGCUUUUUGACUAUAUGAAAGCCUUUGGUCAAUGGCAUAUGUUAGGGCUGGUUGUGGCCUUUGCGCUCUACUAUAUCCUGUUUGUUUGGGCCAACAUCUGGCUCGCUAAUUGGACCGAGGACCCUUUGUUGAAGGGGGCUAGGGUUGAGGACCUGGUGAAUGUAACACGGGAGGACAUAUGGAGGAUCAACAUGAAGUACCUUGGAGUUUACAGCGGAUUUGGACUGGUCAUGUCGCUAUGCAUCCUGACGUAUGCUCUGUUAAUGGCUCGAGGUGUUGUAAGGGCGUCCCGAGACUUGCAUCACAGAUUACUGACAAGUAUUCUGACUUCACCGAUGGAAUUCUUUGAAACAACGCCAAUAGGCAGGAUAACCAAUCGCUUCUCUCGAGACAUAGAGAAGAUAGAUGGAGAUUUGCCCUAUAGCCUCGAGUAUUGGUUCGACUGUGCGAUGAAUAUAAGUGUGUCCAUGUUUGCGGUUGCAUACAGCACCCCCAACGUUCUGGCGUUGCUCAUUCCUCUGGCGUAUUACUACUAUAGUAUACAGAAGCGUCACACCAAGACAAGUUGUCAAAUGAGGAGCUUGGAGUCCAAGCUGCGGUCGCCAAUCGAGAGCCACUUCACCGAAUCCGUCGCAGGAGCUGACAUUGUGAGGGCGUACAGAGCUCAAGGGAGGUUUUCUAAAAAGUUGGAGGAAGUAAUUGACAACUGGCACAGGAUGGAAUUUUAUGGUUUGCUGUCGAACAGAUGGUUGGGUGUACACAUGCUUGGCGUGGGUAACUUGGCAUGCGCGAUGUCGUCAUUCCUCGGUACUGUCUUCAAAGGUCCCAUGUCUGGCGCUCUACUUGGGUUGGGGACGUCCUUCUCUAUGGAGAUCAAUGGCUGCAUGGGAUGGUUUGUGAUUUUACAGGGUGAAGUUGAAACUAACCUCAUUUCUAUGAACAGAAUCAAAGAGUACAUUGAAAGCCCGAAUGAGGCUGCACGAAGAAAGGACACGGUACGGUUGCCACCAAGCUGGCCAGACGCAGGAAAGCUUGAGUUUCAGAACUACAGUUUACGAUAUCGCCCAGGUCUUGACUUGGUACUGCGGGAUAUCUCAUUUACAAUUCACGGGGGAGAAAAGGUCGGUGUGGUAGGUAGAACAGGGGCGGGGAAAUCAUCUCUGAUGCUCUCCCUUUUCCGCCUCGUUGAGCCAGCAGAGGGCGCAAUUCUAAUUGACGGAAUUGACAUAUCAGAAAUUGGACUCCAUGAUCUGAGGGAGAAACUUGCUAUCAUUCCACAAGAUCCUGUUUUGUUUACGGGAUCACUGAGGAUGAAUCUUGACCCCCAGGAAUUGUACAAAGAUUCUGAGAUAUGGACAGCUCUUGACCACACCCAUCUCCGACAGUUUGUUGUGUCUCUCCCUAGCAAGCUGCAGACUGACUGUGGAGAAGGCGGGAGCAACUUCAGUGUUGGUCAGCGACAGUUACUCUGCCUAGCUAGAACACUACUGCGAAAGGCUAAAGUGUUGGUUCUAGACGAGGCUACAGCAGCUGUUGACAUGGCAACGGAUGAUUUGAUCCAGCAGACCAUCAGGUCAGAGUUCAAGGAUUGCACGGUGCUGACUAUCGCCCACAGACUCAACACGGUCAUGGACUACGACAGGAUCCUUGUGUUGGAUCACGGUUCUGUGAAGGAGCUGGACUCCCCGACACGACUCCUUGAAGAAAGGGGGAUGUUCUAUCAGAUGGCAACGGACGCGGGACUUGUAUUAUCUGGCCCUUCUGGGUGACAUCGUGUCAUAAAAGAAAGUGUGGCAACGAAA